AUGUACUACACCGGUUCAGCACGGCUCGGCGGUCGUGACCGUUGGAACGUGGAACGGUUAACGAACCGUUCGACUAUCGCUGAUGAGCUCGUACUGGACCGCUGUUGGUUAAUAACCUGUUGGAGCGCUGUGAUGGGAUGA